AAGCAGGUGGAGACCAAAGUGUGUGAGUGUAACCGUUCACAUACAGUAGUUUGAGGUUUGGCUGACACUUAAAUUCUAUAUGUGCCAGCAGAGUGUCUUGUACUGGGGUCACACUGACGUGUGAUUGUGACACUGGAUAUUUAUAUUAACACAAAUAAGAGACUAAAAUCACAACACUCACUCAGCAGCAGAAAUCAGUUGUUUACUGUUGCACCUAUCGUGAUGAUUAUCAGUCUCGACUAAUCAAAUAUCGAAUAGCCAUAUCGAUCAGCCCUGUAGCAGCCCUACGAGACGAUACGACGAUAAAUAGCCGUUAUCAGACGGCGGUGUGGGGUCUAUGGUGGGGUCACCUUCUGCAGAGGGUCGGGGGGCACGGAGCCGUUGGUGCACUCCGACCUCUUGGAGCCGUUGUAGCCGAGGUCCUCGCUGAGUCGGUCCCACAGAUACUGAGUGGACAGAGGCGCCUGCAGGGCCAAAGAGAACAUGGACAGGAACAGCACCGGCUCCACGGACACCGGCGGCAGCCGCGGCCAUGAGAACCGGGGUGGGGGGUCGCAGCUCCCGGCGGUGGUGGGUACGUCAGCUUCCUCCGCUUCGGAUGUAGAGUUGAGGACAUCAGCGGGAAGAAUGGCUGCGGUGUCCGACUCCUCCAUGUCGAGCUGCUGUAACUGUAAACAUGAACUGUGAACUUCUCGGACUCAGUCUCCCCUGAGGAUUCACGCACUAACCAACUAGUUAGUCAUUCUCUAACUUCUAACUAGAUAACCAUACUAAUGCUAGAAGGGUUAGCGCUGUCGGAGUUUGAGUUUAGUUUAAGCUAAAGGAGUUAUCAAGCAACUCCGCUCCAUGAAGGAAGUAAUACACUUUAAAGCGUGGACUUAGCGACACCAUCUGGACGAAGAGGUGAACUACACUUCAUUAAACACAAGCACUUGUUUAUGUCACUGGUUUAUUCUGGGUUAAGGCCCCAAAUGAUCAUAUAUGAAUAUAUAUAUUUUUUUUAAUUCCAGAAAACCCUCAUAUAUGUCCAUUGGAAUAAUUGGACAUAGCCUAAUUUUGACACUCUUUCUUCAUUAUGCGAAAAAGCCACAGAAGUGUCUCAUAGAUUUACCAGGAUCUGCACAACUUGAGGCUAAAAGUGUCGACACCCUGGCACAUCACAGAAACUGAGAUCAUGUCUGAUACUCAUGCAUACACACAUGUCAUUUCACCGAAGAAUAAAACUAAGAAGUAUUUUUGUCCAUAUCUUAAUUAUUUGAGUGUAUGGUCUGAACUUACUUUUGUGUUUUAGGUCACCUUAUAAAUCUAUUUGUUAUCCAAUUGCCUUCUUUCAUACCACAUACACAAAUCAAGAUUUAUGCAUUUGAAAAUUAUUAUUACUAUUUAAUUUGAUCACAAUACUAAUGGAUCAACUCAAACAUAUAUAGAAAACAUUGUAACAGAGCCAGAGUUCACCUAGAAGGCUUAUUAUUAACCUCUGUAGUUUCUCAUUUCUCUUCUGAAUCACAUGAUGGUAACUUGAGCAGCUGACAUGAACACACCCUUUCAGUUUCAGUUUAAUAAAAAUAAUUACAGAGCAGUGAUUAAAAUGAAAACACCCAGCAGUCACUUAGGAUGCUUGACAAAGAGUUUUGUUUUUUCAGUCAGUCACUGCAUUUAGACAGGAGUUUUGUGUGUCUGUACUUAUCCUUCAGUUAGAGACCAAUAGUUUUUUUUCUCUUAUAAAACAGAAUCAGCUUGUAAAAACAUUAACAUACAACUCUGUUCUCAUCAUAAGAAAUGUCUCUCGGCUUCAUUUCUAUAGAUGUGUGUUAACAAAAUGAACAGCUAAAUCAUUUUUUUGACACUUUAAGGGGCAAAAAGUUACAGACUCAGGUAAGUCAGUUUAAUUCUCUUGACUUCAUUUCCAUAUUUCUUUUAAAGGAAAUGAGAGGUGGCACUCCAAUUUCUUUUCUUGCAUAUGAACCCAAAAUAUACCAAUCAAUAAUUAAGAGAGUAAAUACUCAAUAUCAGCCAAAGAUCAAAAUGAUUGAUUGAUUUAACUAAAUUGUGUUAAUCGCAGUGUGUGGACUAGUUUCAUACUAGUUUUUUUUUUAAGGGUUGAUGGUGAAAUAUGCAAUAAACCAAUCAGAGAGCUAUCUCGCUUUCACAUUAAAAACGAGGUGAGUUUGGACAUUGGUUAUACGAUUGUAAGAUUGCUCUUAUAAGUUUUACAUGGUUGUAAGAGAGAACAUUUGGCAGAGGAAACAAAUGUGUGCAUGUUCACAUGUUGUUUAUCCAUCUACAGUAUAUAGGUGCAUAUUACUAUUUAGAACAUACACUCUUAAGAUAACAGUGGAACACUGCACCUCUAUUAGGUUGGUCAGUACCUUUCUGCUGCUUCAUGAUAUAAAUGCACUUGAUUCCACCUGACCAAUGAGAUCAGCACACCUCACCCAAAAAAUCCUUUGUAGGUCAAAACUUGAAUUACAAAUGUUAUAUGUUUUUCCCAGAAGAGAAUCUUUUCCUUGUGCAGUAACUGUCCGGGACUUUUGCCAGUGGAGCAAUUAAAUACAAACUCAAGGUUGUCUCAAGUGAUAAAAUGUCAAUCCCACAAUACUCUUUUCACCUUUAAACACAAACACACAUGCACACGCACAUAAACACACACACACAACACAACACAACACAGCAGGGGAACAAUCUGGUUUGUCUGCAUAUCAGCCACUGUGGGAGACACUUCAUUGGAACCACAUUGUUAUUCAUUAGUUACACCCACCUGAGUUAUGUACAACACUUGAACUCUGUUAUCUGAUGGAACUUUCUUUGUUUUACCUCUCCUGCUCCUCCUGCAAGACAUGCACAACAACACAAUCGUCACUUUGUAGUUCAUAUACAGGGGUCGAGGUUUUCUCUGCUUUAUCUUGAAAUAUCUGUACUUGAUUCAAUGAAUCUUGCUCACUUUGAUAAUUAUUGAUUAAGUCUGAUUAAAUCUGACCUUACUCUCCCAUAACUAUAAACUUAUUCUGAAAUGUUUAUACCAAUUUAUCUAUUUUCAUUUCUUUAUACUCUUUAUACUCUUUAAACGCUUUACCUCUUUUAUUUUGAUAUUCUUAAUUGCUUUCCUUUUACUUGGAAAUUGUUUUAAACUUUAAAUAGAGUCUCUGUCUCUGUCCAGCACCAUGAACUUACCACUGUGUAUGAAAUGUGCUUUAUAAAUCAAGCAGCCUAGCUGUUUUGUCCCAUUACUACAUAAAUUGUCUGCAGGUUUAAAAUCGCAUGAAUGUGUUUGACUGGAUGCACCAACCCCGUGAUAGGUCAUGAUAAUAAAAAUCAUUGUUUUGUUUUUAUUAAUCCUUUACAGCUGACACAGACGAAGCAGCUACCGCAUUUUACAGUUGAGAUCAAAGAGAUUAUCUUGAUUCUGUUGAUCAUUGGUCCAGGUUUCUUACGUUAUCUACCCAAUAAUAAACACAUGGAAACACACCCUCAAAUUGCAGGCCCCUCACUCUAAAGUUAAUCGUUAAUCUUUUCGAGUAUAUAAACCGACUUCAUAUGUAGUCUUCUACAUUGAACCGUGGGAUCACUAAUAUUUUUUCUCUCUUUGACUCAAUACCGUGGAUGUGCAUCACACCUCGUGGAUCAUGCCUGGAUUUCUAACAUGGCUGUGGCGAUGGAGGAAUUACAUCGUGAUCGUCCUGACGCCUCUUCUAAUUCUUCCUCUGCCACUCAUCAGUCCGACUCCAGAAGCAAAAUGUGGCUAUGCGAUAAUCCUCAUGGCGCUGUACUGGUGUACAGAGUGUAUCCCCCUGGCUGUGACCGCCCUGCUACCGGUCAUUCUGUUCCCCAUGAUGGGCAUCAUGGAGUCAGGAGAGGUUUGUAUCCAGUACCUACAAGACUCCAACAUGCUCUUUUUGGGGGGGCUGCUGGUGGCCAUCGCUGUCGAGAACUGGAACCUGCACAGGAGGAUCGCCCUUCAAGUCCUGCUCAUUGUAGGAGUGAAGCCUUCUCUUCUGAUGAUUGGUUUCAUGAGCACCACAGCCUUCCUGUCCAUGUGGAUCAGUAACACGGCCUCGACAGCCAUGAUGCUGCCCAUUGCAAACGCUGUGCUGCAGCAGCUGUCUGACACAGAGGCCAAUGCUGAAGCGAGGGAAUAUGCUCAUGGAAAGGAUAGGAGUCAGGACAAUCAGACAUUUGAGAUGAGCGAAGAAGGCCAUGACAAGGAGCUCAAACUAAAGGAAAACAAAAUCCACUUCGAUUCAGAGGAUGAUGAUGACACCAAAGACAAAAUGGAAAUCAAAGAAAACAAUGUCAAUUCAAAUGUUAAUGAGAGUCCAGAGGCCAAGGUGCGAAGACUGAAGAGGGAGGAGUGGUACAAGAAGAUGUCGAAAGGCAUGAGCCUCAGUGUGUGUUACGCCGCCAGCAUCGGAGGCACAGCCACCCUCACUGGAACCACGCCCAACGUCAUCUUGAAGGGCCAGAUGGAUAAACUCUUUCCAGGUAAUGGAGGUAUAAUCACCUUUGCGAGUUGGUUCGGCUUCUCGUUCCCCAACAUGUUGCUCAUGCUUGUUAUCUCUUGGUUUUGGCUGCAAUUUGUGUUUUUGGGUUUCAACUUCAAAAAGUCCUUUGGAUGCGGCAAACACAAAGCUGGUGACAGCGAAGCGUACCAGGUGAUCAAAGAUGAGUACAAAAAGCUGGGCCGAAUGAGCUUCGCUGAGGGCUGUGUGCUUUCUAUCUUCAUUCUGCUGGUUGUCAUGUGGUUUACGAGGGAGCCUGGGUUCAUCCCGGGCUGGGCCACUGUCCUGUUCAACAAAGAGAAGACGUACGUCACAGACGGCACUGUGGCCAUAUUAAUGUCUUCGCUCUUCUUCUGCAUCCCGUCCAAUCUGCCCAGAUGUUGGUCUAAUAAUGGAGCUCCGGCUGAAGCCCCCUCUCCGCUGCUAACAUGGAACGUUGUCCAUGAAAAGAUGCCGUGGAACAUCCUCUUACUUCUUGGCGGAGGUUUUGCGUUGGCCCAUGGAAGUGAGGUAUCUGGACUCUCUGAGUGGCUGGGAGAAAGUCUCGUUCCGCUGCAGAGCAUUCCUCCUUUCGCCAUCUCUAUCCUGCUGUGUCUGCUGGUGGCCAUGUUCACCGAAUGCUCCAGCAACACAGCCACCACUACACUCUUUCUGCCAAUACUGGCCUCCAUGGCAACUGCCAUUAAGAUACACCCGCUGUACGUCAUGUUACCCUGCACCAUCUCUGCCUCGCUGGCUUUCAUGCUGCCCGUAGCCACGCCACCCAACGCCAUUGCCUUCUCAUACGGGAACCUCAGAGUUAUUGACAUGGCUAAGACUGGAUUCAUCCUGAACUUUGUUGGUGUCAUAACCAUCAACAUUGCCAUUAACACGUGGGGUGUGGCCAUGUUCGAUCUGAAUACGUUUCCCUCAUGGGCUAAUGUCACCGAAACUCCGUGAACAUGAGCUCAGGAAAACGGAAACAGGGGAGAAAAAAGAGGGGGAGAUGAACAAUAUCAGAACAGCCCGAUGUGCCCUGAGGCCUGUCCCUGAAGGCUGAUACAGGUUCCUCUCUGCAGCUUUCUGUCUCACAUCCUGACUCACACUGUGGACUGUGUGCUCAGAAACAGUAGGAAACACUGGGGAAUCUUUUUGUUCAUGUUUUGACUGAAGUGAGUUCAGUUCAGUUGGAUAAUUUAUCUUCUGGACAGACAAAAAAACUGAUCAGAAGUUAAUAUAAUUCAUAUCCAAGAUUGACUUUCUGUAUUUUACAUACAAGACAUCAUCUUUAAAAUUCAGUGUUCUUGCCCUAACCCUAACCCUAAAAGGAGAUUGCUGUAAAGAUAUGUAUUGAGGGCAAAUGUUUAUAUUGUGAGUUCAUUGCAUGUGUAAUAAAGUCAUACACUAUCCUAAUAUAAUAAACUUAAGUUAAAAAAUGUAUAAUUUGCAAACAUUUACAUCUUUUUUUUACAGUACUGUCACAAAGUGCUUUACUUGGAGAUAACAUUUUUAAAUCCGAGUUGUACAGGUUCAUACAUAAAUGUUUAAUGGUCUGUAUUUAUAUAGCACUUUUCCACUAUUGAUUACUACAAAACAGAUCAUAUACAUAGGAAAACCAUACAGAGUACAGUAAAAAGCAUUUAACAGAGCUUGGGCAUAUUAAUUACUUUAAGAUCUUUUGAAAAAGAUUUGUCUAUGGUUUCUUUUGAUUAAACACGGGAUGACAUCCCCUUUAAACCAAAUAACCAAAAAACCACCACCUUAAUAACCUGCCAAUACUGCCACCAUGUCUCAGCCAUCCCCCCAUCCCCUAUGAGAGAGAGUGCUCCUGUGCAGAGAAUUUGUGUGUGCAAAUGUGAAAAAAUCCUAUAGUCAAUGCUGUUUCGCAGUUUACUUUUUAAAACUUGAAACUGAAUGGUAUCGAAUAGAACAAGAAGACAGAGCUCUUUGCCUUUCUCUCCCUCUUUCUCUCCCACACAAACACACUGACUGACUUUCUGUCACAGUCAGAUUGAUCAUCAUCAGCACUGGUAGAACUCUAAACCACGUUAAGGGUGGCUAAAACACCCAUAAAGAUUUGACUAUCCUUCGCAGGCAGGCAGGAUUUUUCAUAAACUUGGUAGAUUUUGCCGUGCACUUUCACACACCAAACUUACAUUUCUCUACAUCAGGGGCAUCACAUCCACACCCCAACCCCCUACUGAUCAGCUCCAAAAGUUAAUAAUUGCAAAAAAGAUUUAAAAAUGAACAAAAUUAACAAAUUGCCUCAUAUACAAUUAUUGUCUUUUGAGUGAGGGAAAUCUGCAGCCUUUAUACAGUACUCUAUGUAGGCUGAAGAGUCUUGACGCUACAGAGAACAUAAACGUUGCUAAUACUUCAAUUGGAUAUUUAAAGCAAAUUACUAACACUUUACUGCAUUGAAUUGUGAUCAACUAAACUAUCUUCUGAUGUUUGUCAAUGUCAGAAGAAAAUAUAUAUUUGCCGCUAGAGGUUCAGUGGUACACUGUAGUUUUGGCUGAAACAUUAAAAGUUAAUGAUGGCCUCAAAUCUCAUUGCCUUCCAUAGGAUUAGGACUACAGGGGUCGCGGAUUGAUUUAAAGAGAUCCAAGAGGACGGCAGGCAAAUCCUUUCAAAGGUCAAUGUGGGAGAAAUGUAAAAAUGAUGAUGGGAGGUCACAGAAAUCCAAAACUGACUGAAAACAUUUGAUUGAACUCCUUGGCAGGGGUCUGUAUAUCUGGUAUAUGUGAGGGGAUUUUAAAUUCAUGAAUCUACAGCACACAGAGGUUGAAGGGUUAGCAGCCAUGAAAUCCAAAAACAUUUUGGGUUAAUCUAGUGACCGCUCCUCUGGUUGAGACUGAAAGACAGAAUCACGCAACGUAAAAACCUUAAAACUAUCACUCUCUCUUUUGGUAAAUUGGUUGUCACAGUGAGGGAGGUGGAUGGAAGUGUGUUGGACGUCCGCUAUCAGAGGUAAGACAUCUACGGUUUUACUCUUGACCACUGUAUUUUUCUGUAUUUGUACGUGUCCCACUUGUAAUGUUAUGAUGCAGCAGUACAUUUUCAGCUCUAAACCUCAGGGGGAUGUCAGUACUCUAAUUUAAGGACCUUGUGUAAGAAGUAUUAAGAUUUGAAUUAAUGUGAUGCAUCUGUAAUUAUUGUACUCUCUGGAAUAUUAUUCCACUUGAACUGUACCUAUAUUUCUGAAAGUAUUUUAAACAAGGGACCUGAAUCAAUUGAGUAACUGGGUAUUGUGAAUAUAUCAUACUGAAAACAGUUACAUGGGAUGACAUACCCAGAGACAGGAAAAAGUAAUGAUUCUAUACAGUACUAGUAUACAGUACUUUGAUUGUUUGGUAUGUUGCUGUGAUGAAGCCUGUUAUGAUUUGUUUGUCCUAUGAGGGGAUUAUCUAGACUGUGACCCAAGGUUUAAAAUACUAAAGAUUCUAAUGACAUCCUUUGGUUGUAAAUAAUGCGUUCGUCAAUCAAAAUGUUGCUCUGUGAACACGGCAGCAAUCCCACCGACAGUUAUCGUGACAGUUCUUGAUAAUUGAUCAAAGCAAAAAUCAUUGAUCAGGCAGAAAUGUCAAACAUGAGCUGGUUCCUGCUUUUCAAAUGUGUGUAUUUUCUGCUUGGAAGGUUUCUUAAAAUUCUAUCGAGGUGGCCCUUAGAUGUGAAACCCCAAAACAAAACAAGAGUUGAUAAAUGUAGUAUUUUGUGUUUUUUGUCAUUUUUCAUUUGUGUUUUUUGUUGUAUAGUAGUGUCUAAUGUUGUUAUUUACCACACUUUGGACUGUUGUAUAUCAAAACUACUUUGUGUGUGUCU